AUGUCUGAGAACAAGUCGAAGGCGGCGCAGGACAUGCCGCCUGACAGUCAGGCGAAACCCCACAAGGAGCUAUAUCCUAUGAGCAACUGGAAGUAUGACGCUUUCAGCUGGGUCAUGUCGAUAAUUAUCGACCUGUUUUUCCGAGAGGUCUCCCACAGGGGCUCCUGGUAUGUUCCCAAGCAGGGCCCUGUGCUCUUCAUUGCCGCGCCGCAUCACAAUCAAUUUGUCGACGGUAUCACCCUCCAGCGAACGCUACGCAACGAAGCGGGGAGACGAGUUUCCCUCCUGAUUGCCCAGAAGUCGGUACAUGGUUUUGUGGGAUGGGGAUCGCGACAGGCUGGUUCCGUCCCCGUCGGUCGUGCUCAAGACAGCGCGAAGCCUGCCAAGGGUCUGAUUUACAUGCCUGAUCCCAUCAACAACCCAGACAUCAUCCGAGGUGUUGGCACCGACUUCGAGAAAGAGGCUGCGGUCGGCGGCAUGAUCUUCUUGCCCUCAGUCAAGGGUCAAUCGGGGUCCAGCGUGGACAUUGCCGAGAUCAUAAGCCCAGAAGAGAUUCGCACAAAACGAGCCUUCUCGGGACGCGUUCCCAUGCAGCAGCUCACUGGGCGGGACGAUAUUGAUGAGAAUGGCAAGUUGACCAAUAGAGGUGUACACGGGAUCAGGGACGGAUACAAGGGCACAAAAUUCAAGCUCGCGCCGCACAUUGACCAGACGCGGGUUUACCAAGCUGUCUUUGACCGUUUGAAGUCCGGAGGAUGUGUUGGUAUCUUCCCCGAGGGUGGUAGCCAUGAUCGAACGGAGUUGUUGCCCCUGAAGGCUGGUGUCGCCAUCAUGGCUCUUGGUACGCUUGCGCAGGAUCCGGACUGUGGCCUGACCAUCGUCCCUGUCGGCAUGAACUACUUUCAUGCCCACAAGUUCCGUUCCCGAGCCGUAGUCGAGUUCGGUGCUCCCUUUGAGGUCCCGCCCGAGCUGGUCACCAAGUACGAGAACAACGAGCGCAGAGAAGCCAUCGGUCGUCUCCUGGACAUGUGCACUGUUUCUCUAAACUCCGUCACGGUAUCGUCGCCCGACUACGACACGCUCAUGUGCAUUCAAACUGCUAGAAGACUGUAUACAACCGGCAAGAAGUUGCCGUUGACCCAUGUCGUCGAGUUGAACCGCAAGCUGUCUAAAGGCUUCUCCAAGUUCAAGGAUGAUUCACGUGUCAAUAACCUUUUCGACAACCUCAGGAAGUAUAACAGGGAACUUAGAUACCUCGGUCUCAAGGACCAUCAGCUCGAGUCCACGAAGAGGUCGCUGCCAAAGGUUAUCUGGCUGCUCCUUACCCGCACUAUCCAGCUAGUGCUUCUCUCGAUAGGCACAAUUCCGGGACUUAUACUCUUCGCACCUAUCUUUGCGGUCACCAAAUACAUUAGCAUCCAGAAGGCGAAGACCGCGCUCGCAGGUUCGUCUGUCAAGAUCGCAGGCCGAGAUGUUAUGGCAACGUGGAAAAUCUUGGUUGCAAUGUUCCUUGCGCCAGCAGUCUACAAUUUCUACUGCAUAGUCCUUGCUUACACUCGUGCCUGGGGCUAUGCGCCAGAGUGGCUUCGUUGGUGGCAGAUAUUCAUUGCCGGCUGGAUUGUCUUCCCUACCAUCACACUAGCGGCUCUCCGUUUUGGUGAGAUUGGUAUGGACAUUGCCAAGUCUUUGAGGCCGCUGUUCCUUGCCUUGAGUCCGACAUCAGGCUACAGCAUUCAAAGGUUACGUCAAAGGCGCGUUGAGCUUGCCGAGGAGGUUACAACCGUCAUCAACGACCUGGGCCCUGACAUGUAUGAUGAUUUUGAGCGUUCACGCAUGGUCAAGGAUCCUGCAUUCCCAGGUGGCUCGACUGGUAUCCCCGAACUGGCUGGCAUGGACGCCUCUGGGUCCCCUGGAUCGCCUUCUAUGCCGUCGCGUAAGAACACCACAGCGUCAAGCCGGGCUCUUCCGCGCAACGAGUCGUUUUCCAACAUUGGCUCCAUCCAAAUGUUCGCAACGCGUCCUCCAUCUCGAUCGAGAAGCCGGAGCAGCUCGAGUGGUGGCGGUUUCGGAUCAGGAAGCUUCCCGAUCAGUGGUUUCACAACCCUGGAUUCCGAAGGAGGCUUUGAUGAGGCCAGCAGCAAGAUCCGGCAGGCGAUGCAAGAGAGGGGGCAUUUGCGACGACGCAAGAGCGGUGGACACUACAGUCCCUCCGCCAAGUUGUCCUCCUCAACCUCAACCACCACCACCACCACCACCACGACCUCCCGCCCAAGACCUACACCCCCCGCAAAGCAAAGGAUGGCACUGGGUUUCAAGAGCCUGGUCGACAGCGCCAAGCGCUUCGUCUCGUCGCCCUCGACGCCCCAGAACGAGAAGAACCUGGGGACGGCGACACUGACGGAGCUCUUCCCCACCACGACGCCCGAGGUGGACGGUGACGCCUGCUCCCACGACUGCGAGUCCUGCCACGUCUCAUACCCGCGGGGCUUCAAGAUCGACGAGUCCGACCUGCUGUACGGGCACAUCGGCGGGUGGAGCACGCAUGUGCUGGUCGCCACCGGCAAGACGGACUGGGUCCGCGACGUCGAGGACGAGAAGGGCUCCGUCAUGCAAGCGUUCGGCAAGGCCGGCGCCAAGCCCAGCAACGGCAAGCUCAUGCUCAGCGCCAGCAACAUCCCGGACCCCAGCCACUCGGCCAACUACAGCGAGCCCACCACCCUUUUGCUCCUGCCUGCCUUCAGAAUCGUGGAGCGCGUGACGCCCGCCGACGUGCCGAGGUUGGUCGAGUGGAUCAAUGCCGCGCCUACGAAUACGGAUCCCCUCGCCCCCGUCAGCCUGCCGAGGAGUAUACCGGCCCCGGCGCCUGGCGCCGAGGAACUUCUGACGAGGCCGAGUCCGCAUGCGGCGUUGAUCCUGCUAUGCAGUCAGAAGACGAGAGAUGCGAGGUGUGGACAGAGCGCGCCGCUGUUGAGGAAAGAGCUCGAGAGGCAUCUGCGGCCCCUGGGCCUGUUCAGGGACCUGGACGACGAGAGGCCGGGAGGCGUGGGGAUCGUCUUCAUAAGUCAUGUGGGCGGGCACAAGUACUCGGCGAACGUCAUGGUGUAUAGACGGCCGGACGCAUUUGGCGUUGACGCGGUGGAGAGGGCCAAGCUGCCCGCAGGCGAGGAGCUGAGGCCUGCCCAGAAGAAGGCGCCGAGGAAACGAGAGCCGGUCGUCGAGGUGGAGGCACCAGACGUGCCCGAAACAGAAAGCAAAGCCAACAAGGAUGCGAAUGGUCGGGAGGAAGAGGAGGACGUAGGUGCCGCGCAGUGCAUUUGGCUGGCGAGGGUUAAGCCCGAGGAUUGCGAAAACCUCGUCAAGUAUACGGUACUCCAGGGUAAGGUGGUCAAGCCUGAUUCGCAGUUGAGAGGUGGGUUCGAUCGUGAGAAAGGAUUGAUUAGUUGGUAA